ACGAGCACCCGGCUUAAAAGGCGACGCCCAUUUGACCGAGAGCGAGAGAGCAACCGGAACCGGAAGGCACCAUCGCCAGUCCUCCACCACCAACCACACAGAGCCAAGAAGAACUCCAAGAUCGCCUUGCUAGCUAGGAGGAGCAACAUCUAGCGCCCAGGCUCAAGCCAUGAUGUGGGAUGGAGGCGUCGAGCACGGCAGCCAGGAGGCCGCGCACCAGCUGCUCCCGUGGCUCGGCGCGGCGCCGCUCGCCGAGCCGGCCGCGGCGGCGGGGUUCGGCGCCAUGGGGGCCUACGGCGCCUGCGACGGCGUCAGCGUCGGCGGGCUCGGGCUCGGGCACGGCGGGGUGUUCGGGUUUGGCGGCUUCGACGCGGUGCCGCAGCAGCAGCAGCGCGCGGGCGCGGCGGAGGGGAGCGGCAAGGCGGUGGUGUCGGGGCUGCUGGGGAGCCUGCAGGCGGAGCUGGGGCGGAUGACGGCGCGCGAGAUGAUGGACGCCAAGGCGCUGGCGGCGUCGCGCAGCCACAGCGAGGCCGAGCGCCGGCGCCGGCAGCGGAUCAACGGGCACUUCGCCAGGCUCCGCAGCCUCCUCCCCAACACCACCAAGACGGACAAGGCGUCGCUGCUGGCCGAGGUGCUGGACCACGUCAAGGAGCUGAAGCGGCAGACCUCGGCGAUGAUGGUGGCCGCGGCCGCCGCCGUCGCUGGCGGCGGCGGCGACGACGAUGGCGGCGCCGGGCCGGCGCGGAUGCUGCCGGCGGAGGCCGACGAGCUGGCCGUGGACGCGGCGGCCGACAGGGCCGGGCGGCUCGUGGUCCGCGCGUCGCUCUGCUGCGAGGACCGCCCGGACCUCAUCCCGGACAUCGUCCGGGCGCUCGCCGCGCUCCGGAUGCGCGCGCGCCGGGCCGAGAUCACCACGCUGGGCGGCCGCGUCCGGAGCGUGCUCCUCAUCACCGCGGACGAGGGAGCGGAAGAUGAUCAGGGCUGCGACGAGGACGACGACGGGCGCUGUCCAAACGCGCGCCAGCGCGGCGGCGAUGGCGGUCACGGGCGCGCCGCGUCGCACCGGAGGCACGAGUGCAUCGCGUCGGUGCAGGAGGCCCUGCGCGGCGUCAUGGACCGCCGGACGGCGAGCAGCGACACCUCCUCCUCCGGCGGCGGCGGUGGCGGGAGCAUCAAGAGGCAGCGCAUGAACUACGGCGCGCAGGAGCAGUGCGUGUAGUCCAGCCCGUAGCUUCAUCAUGCUGGAGUAUUAUCCUUUGCAUGGAUGCAUGCGUAUGAACGCAUACAUGCAAGUUAUUUAGCAUAGCUAGUGGUACCAGUUCAGCAGUCGUUUCAAGCUUUGUUGCCGUGGUUUCCUUUGGGUACAAUGGUGGGGUGGGUGCAUCAGUGCAUGCCUCUGCAUGCAUGAUGGGAAAGGGUGGUUCAGGAGGGAGCGUUUUAUGUAUCCCUUUGUAUGUUCAGGUAGCCGCACUGAUUAGUGAAUUGGCAUGUACUGGGAAAACGGUGAUAUACAUGGGUGUACAAAUGCACAAUCUCUCGGGUAUAAUGCAAGGUGGAAUU